AUGGCCUCGCCGCUCUCGACGAGCAGCCCGACUACCCUACCUCCGAUCCGCUCGUUUGCUCAGUCAGACCCUAUCGAUCUCACCCAGGACGACGACGACGAAGACGAGGAUGGCACUUCAUCCUAUGUGAACGAUAGGAAGUGCAAGCGCAUGUGCACCUCUAGUCGCAGCUUUGAUGCGUCUUGCAGUACUCCAUCUCUGCUUGACGCUUCUUCGUGUUCUAAGCCAUACCAUUCCGGCCUGUCACCCGCGAUGUCCUCUUCGUCUCUGCAUCCCGGCUCUGCGGGACCCUCUGCGAGCUCGUCCGCUCAGUGGGGCCCUCCUCGUUCCACCCCAGACUAUACGCAUGCCAUAGCUAACACCAUUCGCCCCCCGCCGUUCACCGGUCCUUCUACCUCAUCCGCUUUUUUCCAACCUCGCCCCUCUACUACACCUCUGCCACCCGUCUUGGCUCCUCUGCCUGCCAGGGUAUAUUCUGAAACUCCUUCUAAUUCUUCGGCACGGCAUGUGAUUGACCUUACCAGUUCGCCUUCUCCCCCUCCAGGCGCGCCGCUGCCCCCAAUCCCGCAACCAACGCUAGGAAACCUACCUCCCGACUUAGGCGUCAAGACACCAGUGUGUAUUGGCCAACUAACAGUCACCGCGCUGGUGUUGUAUCCAAUACCCUAUCUCGAACCUCAGCCCCCGGUACUUCCCGAUAGUGAAUGGGCUCCUGUCAGACUGAGUUACGAACAUAACCCGAAUAAAGUCAGUGGACAGGAGACCAUUCACAUCAAGACACCUAGUAUGAAGACGCACACGGGUGAGAUCUUGCCGGGUGAAAACUUCGGUGUCGUGGAACAGAAGAUUGCGACACAUCUGGGGCCCAUGUAUGGCAGAGGUUUGAUCCGGCUAGAUGCUAAAGUCCGGAGGGGCAUUAAGCUUCCGAUCUUGCCUUUGCAACUGUUGGUCUUCACCCCGAAGGGGAACAUCCAGGUUGUUGCCGACUGGUUGCAUCGACAUGGUUUGUUCCUUGACCAUCCUACUUUGUCGUCCGACAAGGCCCGGCUUGCUAAUCAGUACUACUAUAACCCGCACAACCCUCCCCCCGGAGGUCAUGCUCGUGCCUUGAUUGGCCCUAGUGGACGUCUGGGAUAUCUCGGUCCAGGCGGCAGUUCCGUAGGCCGAUGGAAUGCGGGAUCGGUGAGUGGGAAGAGUGUAGAAGUUCAGCGCAGUCAGGUGGACGAAUUGUUCAAGAGUCUGAGGGAUGGUGAAGAGCUCGAGGAAACGGAGCCCGCACCCGAUGUUGCAACGAAGUUGUAUCCUCAUCAAAAGAAAGCGCUCACAUUUCUGCUUGAGAGAGAGCGAGAACGUGUCGGACCUUCUGGCACUUUCUCCUCGCUGUGGCAGGAGCGCCAGGAUCCAAUGUCGGGGCAACCGGUCUGGUUCCACAUCGUCACUCAGAGGGAAACUCGACAUGAACCACAAGAAGCCAAGGGUGCGAUUCUUGCAGACGACAUGGGACUUGGAAAAACCAUUACCUGCGUAUCGCUCAUAGCUGCAACUGUGGAGUCGGCUCAUGAAUUUUCGGCGUCUCCUCUAUGUACCCUUCCACCCCGACCGCCACCUCAGCCAGAAUCUUCUUUGAGUGCAGCGCAUUUCGCCGGAAGCGUGUGGGGCAUGCCUGACCUACUUCCGGAAUCCAGCUCGAAGAGGAGCAAAGCGAAAGUUGCGCGGGAGCAGGAUAGGCGGGAAGCCGAGUAUAUGCGCGCGUCUCGAAUAAAGGUCAAGAGUCGAGCUACGCUGGUCAUCUGCCCUCUCUCGACGGUUGUCAACUGGGAGGACCAGUUCCGUGAACAUUGGCGGGGGGAGGUUACGAUUGUGGGAGGUAACUGUACCGCUGUGGCGACGCCGCAGUCAGGUAUGAUCUCUACGCCCACAGGUUCGACACCGCAACUGUCUCGACACGACAGCUUCCAGUUAGACAUCAAGAGCUUUAUGGGACGUGUGCGCGAAGGCACACCCGUGCGCAUAUAUGUCUAUCAUGGCAAUGCUCGUCGCCCCGACGCUACCUUCCUCGCGGACUUUGAUGUGGUAAUUACGACGUACUCGACACUCGCUUCCGAGUUCUCCAAGCAAAUGAGGAGCAUAGCGAGUGCGGAUGAUGACGACGAUGACGAUGGCAGCAGCGACGGUAACUUAGACCUUGACGAUGUCAAGCCGCCUAAAUCGAAGAAGGCAGGUGCGAAGAAGAGGAAGAAACCCUGUACCGCAUUGAACGGAGUCGAGGCUACCAGUCCGCUGCAGAGCGUACACUGGUUCAGGGUUGUCCUCGACGAAGCGCACUCGAUCAAAGAGACAAGCACCGUUGCAUGUCGUGCAUGCUGCGACCUCAUCGCGGACCGCCGAUUGUGUCUGACUGGUACACCCGUACAGAAUAAGUUGGACGACGUAUUCGCACUCAUCAAGUUCCUUCGAUUAAGUCCUCUCGACGACAAGAACGUGUGGACCGAGUUUAUUGGCACACCCGUCAAAUACGGACAACCGCUUGGCGUGGCACGUAUCCAGACCAUCAUGAAGUGUAUUACCCUCAGGAGAACGAAGGAGUCCAAGGCAGACGACGGGGGCAGAAUUCUUUCGCUCCCUCCACGUCGGGACGAAUUGCGUUAUCUGAAGUUCGAUGAACAGGAGCAGGCGAUAUAUGACCAGUUCUUCCAGGAAUCGAAGGAGGAGUUCCACGAACUCUCGCACAAGAACGAAGUCAUGAAGAACUACGUUGGAAUACUGCAGAAGAUUCUGCGUCUGCGUCAGAUAUGCGAUCAUUUCGAGCUCGUCAAGGACAAGGGACUGGGUCUUAUUGGAGACACUCAAACUCAGGAUUCAGGUACAAGCUACGAAGAUAUUGUUGCUGUGGUCGCUCGAGAAGGGAUCAAUGUGCAGCGAGCAGCCACCAUCUUCGCAUUGCUGAGAGAAUCCAGUCUCACGCAGUGCGUUGAAUGUGGGUACGAGCUUGCAGCCCAAUUAGACGUCAUGGCAGGCGAAGGUAGCGUGGCUGAAAGUGAUACUCCUUCCGCAACGCCCAAGCGUGGUCGCAAAGCUAAAGCCCCCGCGUCGCGUUCAUCGACUCGUCAGAAUAGUCCUUCCACCCCCACCCCGCAUGCUGUCCUCACACGCUGUCAGCAUCUGUUCUGUCUCGAAUGUUUCCGGAACUCCGUUUAUCCAGGGUGGCCGAAUGUCUCUGCAGACCUGCGACGAUGUUGUGCUACUUGCCAAACUGCCCUUUCUCCGUUAGAUGCAGUGGAAGUCGGUUGUGACCAGGCCGACAUGAUCUGCAAGAAGAAGUCCGCCAGGAGGGAAAAGAGGACGAAGGGCAUUUCGCUGGAGAAUUUCCACCCGUCAACCAAGGUGAAGGCUUUGAUGAGCGAUCUGGUCCAGUUCUCCAAGUACAAUCCAUAUUCCGCAAACUACGAUCCGUCUUCGAUAGAGGUGCAAAUGGUUGACGAUCGGGGAAACAAUUUAGAUGACGGUGUUGUCAAGACCGUCGUCUUCUCGCAGUGGACAACCAUGUUAGACAAGGUAGAAGAUGCGCUAGAGGUGGCAGGAAUUCGAUAUGACCGGCUCGAUGGCACCAUGAAACGUGAUGAGCGGACUCGAGCCAUGGAGGCGCUGAAGCAUGAUCCAGGUUGUGAGGUCCUACUCGUCAGUCUUAAGGCUGGAGGAGUAGGCCUGAAUCUCACCGCGGCUCAGCGAGUCUAUCUCAUGGACCCGUACUGGAAUCCUGCUGUGGAGAACCAGGCAGUCGACCGGAUUCAUCGUUUGGGCCAGACGCGUCCCGUGACGACCGUCAAGCUGAUCAUUGAAAACUCUAUCGAGGCUCGUCUUCUGGAAGUCCAGAGGAAGAAGACCGAGCUGGCAAAUAUGACUUUGGGUCAGAAUUUCACCAAGGCGGAAAUGCUUCAACGCCGCAUGGAGGAACUGAACCAGUUGUUCGGAGGCUGA